AUGACACCUUCCACAACAACGACUUUCCCAACUAGUCUAGGAGCACCGAGGAAGGUAGAGACUAACAAAACUGGAACUACGUACAAGGACAAUAUUAAAGAUGAAGAUAUGCAGGUGUUAUUUCAUUGUCACCAGAGUUUCCCAGAAGUGAGGAUACACGAGUUGUUUAUGAAGCUAAAACAUGGCAUCGAUAGUUCUAGGCUGGAGUAUCGGCCAGCUGGUCCAGUUGGGGUAUUCACCUUAGCCCGUCCAUCUCCAGAUGUUGGACAUGAGGGGAAACCAGAUCGGGUUGAAAAUGCGAUGCUAGAGCAUGAUUCGGAUGAAGAGCCUGCUGACAUUGGAGGGGACAGCGAUGAUGAUAUUCCGACAAACCCAGCAACAUGUCAACCACCGUCAAGUACUGGCACAAAUGAGCAACCUGCACACUAUUCUACCCUAAAUUUGGAAGCCGUCGGCCAAGAUCCGGAGUCAGUUCCAACCUUUGGGGGUCAAGGUUUGCACGAGGAAAAUUUUGUAGUUGAAUUUCAAGUUGGGCAAUCUUUCCAAAGUAAGGAGAAAGUUGUUCUUUGUGUAAAGAAGUACAACAUUCGCCGUGGUGUUGAGUACAGAGUGAUGGAUUCGGAUCAUCUUAAGUACCAUGGGAGAUGCAAGGAGUUUGGCAAAGGUUGCACGUGGAUUAUUCGCAUCAACCUUCGAACGCGAAAGGGCACCUGGGAUGUUCGAUGGUACAACGGACCGCACACAUGCUUGGCUACAUUGAUAUCAAGCGACCACCGACAGCUUGAUUAUCACGUGAUCUGUGCAAAAAUAUUUCCUCUAGUUCGAGCCAAUGCGGCGGUAUCGAUAAAGAUGUUGCAAGAAGCUACCGAAGCAACGUACGGGUUCAGGCCAACUUACAGGAAGACGUGGUUGGUAAAACAGAAGGCAUUAGCACAGAUAUACGGGGACUAG